AUGGCAACCGCAGUCGCAGAACUUGUUAGGCUCUCUCUUAUUACUUUCCUUUUAACCUCACACACUUUAUGCUUAACCGCCAACCCUGCCACAACCUCCACCGUCACAAAACCAAAGCGUUUUGUCACAAAACUCAUUCACCAUGAUUCGGCUUUGUCUCCUUACUAUAAUCCUAAUGCAAGCAUCAGAGAUAUUGUUUCACGCUCAAUGAAAAGCUCCGCGGCACGCUUCACAUACCUAAAAGCAAAGAGUACUAAUGCUUUUGUGAUGGACGAUACACGUGCUGGUGUUGUUCCGGAGAAGUCUGCAACAGAGUUUAUGGCAAAUUUCUCAUUUGGAGAGCCACCAGUUCCACAGCUUUUGACAAUGGAUACUGGCAGCGAGUUAUUGUGGGUUCAAUGCCUGCCUUGCACCAAGUGUUUUAAACAAUCCAAUCCGAUUUUUGAUCCUUCCAAGUCCUCCACAUACAAAACCUUGCCAUGCGCAUCUCCCGAUUGUAUUCUAUCGAGCCCUGCUGAUAAGUGUGACUUCUCAAACAAUUGCAAAUUCCUUCAGAAGUACCUUGAUGGCACCGCGGCGGCAGGACUUAUCGCGACCGAAAAGCUCACCUUCGAGACAUCUGACGAAGGGCUUAGCCCCGUCUCCGAUGCAGUUUUUGGCUGUGCACAUGACAAUGUUGCUGCCUACGAUGGACAAAUAAGUGGAGUACUUGGUCUUGGCCCUUCAAAAAUAUCUUUGACAACCAAGUUAGGCUCCAAGUUUUCUUAUUGCAUUGGAAGCAUAAGGGACCCUAACUACCCUCACAACCAAUUGAUCUUCGGUGAGGGUACAAAGAUAGAAGGGGCAACAACCCCCCUUCAACUGUACAAUGAACUUUACUAUCUAACCCUAGAGGGCAUCAGCCUCGGUCAGUCCCGCCUCCAAAUUGAUCCAAAAGUAUUCACCAGAUCACCAUCAGGAACUGGUGGAACGGUCAUCGACACCGGAACUACACUAAGCUUCGUGGUUAAAAGUGCAUAUGAUGUACUCAGUGCUGAAGUGCAAAAAUUAGCAAACGGAAUAUUAGAACGUGUCCAAGAUCCUGAUACGCCCACAGCUCUUUGCUACAAGGGGACAAUAGACCGAGACCUUGUUGGUUUUCCAGGUGCAACGUUUCACCUGGCAGGAGGGGUUGAUUUGUUUCUGGACAAAACGAGCCUCUUCGAAGUUACUGGUGAGAAUGAGUUCUGUUUAGCUGUGCAAAUGCCAGAGGGCGAGGGUGAAGAUUUGAAUGUUAUUGGAAUUCUGGCACAGCAAAAUUAUAAUGUUGCAUAUGACCUUGCCGCAAAGAAGGUUUAUUUCCAGUACAUUGACUGUGAGCUUCUUGAAAAUUGA